AUGACUGAUCGGAACUUCUCCACUCCCAUUGAUAGGUCUUUAAAUCGAUUGACGUUGAUUCAGCAAGCGGCACAACGAAGUGGAGCACUUCCCGCAGCUGGACAGUUGCGCUACAGCAAACUGUCACCUUUCGAUGUCUCUCAAAUGUCAGGAGUGUCCAUUUCAAUGGUCGAACGCGGAAAAAUCAAUGGUCACGAAUACAUUCGAGAACUUGAAUGGCUCCAGAAGGAAACAUCUCACCGAUGUUUUCUGGACGCUGAGCUAUGGACGAACGAAAUUCUAGCCUAUUUGCCAAACGAUUGGUGCAAUGGAAGCGACUCUGGUUUGUGGAAUUCAGGAGUGAAACCGUUUUUGAACGAUUCCUAUUCAUCUAUAUCUUCCCCAACGUCGUCAGCGGCACAUGUGCCUGAGCACGCAACUAAAUUGAAAUCCAAAUAUACUUCGAAAUUUGCUCGCACACUCAUAAAAAAUAAGGAAUUCCGAAGAGCAUCUACAUUCCUGGAGAAAACAAUGAAGGAAAAUGUAGAAGAUCUCUUUUUGUACUAUAGAGUUUUUUUUUUGGCUUAUUAUCAAGAACAUCUGGAGAAUGACUGUGAAGGGAUCGAGAGAAAAACAAGUUUUGCAGAAGAAAAUUCGCCAUUUUCCCUUCUCCUGCAGAAAAUGGUAAAUGAGAAACUUCGCGAGCAUGAAGAUGUAUGGUUUGAAUAUCUUAUGGGCUUACUGGAAGUGCAACUAGGGCUCAAAGUGGAGGCGGAGAAAUCAUUCAGAAGUGUGAUUGUCAGAGAUCCUAGGUUCGUUGGCAUAAUCUGGCCAGCAUGGGAGGGUCUUUCCCUUCUCAUCAGUGACAUCGAAGACGCUGACAAUUUCAUUCUGAAUUCUGAAAUCAAGUCACUAUGGAUGAGUGAUUGGUUUAUGGUACUCGUUUUGCAACGAUUCCAGCAGCAUUCGAUGGCUAUUCAAAAAGCUGAGCAGCUAGUAACACGUGGUAUGACUGGAAUCCCAAUGAUCAUCACAAAAAUCGCUGCAUGUUCGAAUGCUCGUCAUGAUCAUGAACAAGCGAUUUCCAACUUCAUGGAUGUCAGAAAAAUGGAUCCCUACAGAUUGCAAGACCUUCACUUUCUAUCAGAUUCGUUGUAUAUUCGUAGUGACCAAGUUCAACUGUCAAAUUUGGCUAUGGACGUCUACAAAUCUCACAAAUUCAGAUGGGAGACGUGUUGUGUUGUUGCCAACUAUCAUUCACUGCGUCGUGACAGCGAGCACGCCAUCAAGUUCUUCCAGCGGGCGCUCCGUUUGAAUCCUGGAUUUGCUGCUCUUUGGGUGCUCAUUGGACACGAAUUCAUGGAAAUGAAAAACAAUGCAGCGGCGUGUGUGUCGUACCGGAGAGCUAUUGAGAUUGACCCGGCUGAUCACCGUGGAUGGUAUGGGCUUGGACAAAUGUAUGAUAUUAUGAGAAUGCCCGCAUAUGCAUUAUACUACUAUCAGGAAUCACAGAAGUGCAAACCGCAUGAUUCGCGCCUUCUUGUCGCUCUCGGUGAAGUUUACACCAAACUAAAUCGUGUCGAGGACGCUGAAAAAUGUUUCACCGGAGCAUAUCUGUUUGGAGAUGUCGAAGGAAAUGCUUUGUGGAAUUUGGCCAAACUUCAUGAAAAAUUCGAAAAUAACAAUCAAGCCGCUCAAGUUUUUGAAGUGUUCCUGGUUGUUUACGAGCUAGUCACAUCUGCCGAAGAGAAGGUUAUUUAUUCUGUAGCUUUUCUGGCCAACCACUACUUCAAAACUGGUAAUUAUGAGAAGGCUAGUGAGUUCGCGACAAAAUGCUUGGCGUACGAUACGAUUUGUCAAGAGGGCAAUCGGUUAUUCAGAGCCAUUUCCAACAUCCAGCAACGCGAAAGCGAGCUCGCUGCUCGAGAAAAGCAACACGAGGGAAGUAGAAGUCCAGUUUCGGCUGCCGAAGAGCAAGGCGCUGAUGAUGAGAUGUCCGAAGGAGAGGAUGAGUUGUCAUUCUGA